CAGUUCCGUGAUGUUCUCCAGUCGAUCUCAUAUCAUCUGCUCUUAGCCUAGACGUCCACGUAUAAACCACGGCUUACUGUUUUUCACCUUCUUUCGUUCUCGUCAGCUUUCAACUAGGUCACUUCUGUUGGUCAAAAUCCACCAAACUUGGUCAUUCUGCGUCGGGUUGUUCCCGUUGUGCUGUCAGCGCAUUCCAGGUGACCAGCACACUCACCUGUCUCUGGCCCCGUGGCCUCGUAAACCCCUGGCAGAUUUUUUUAUUUAAUUUUUAAAAGAAAAGAUUUGUAUUACUGAAAGCAUUUACGGGCAGGGUUUCCGGUCAACGUCAGUCAACAUCUCUAUGCUCCUUGGGAGGGUUCCGUGGAUCAAUACUAGUGCGGAGACAUAAAAUCUCCAGCCUAAACUUCUUUCUCACGACAAAGGGGCUGUCACGACCAGCCCUCACUACCGCCAUCAUUCCUCUCGCAUCCGGUUCUCAACGUAAUCCCUUAGCUAUACCCCUUGGGCAUCUACCUUCCCAGCCUCGGAUCUCUUCGUCUCAGUUUGUCGCAGCAUUGGAUUCUGCCGGCGAGGUGAAAGACAGCCCGCGAUCCUCCCUUACGUCUUCUCGCUCUUCCAACUCCAAUUUAUCCAUCUGGACAGAUACAGGUGAUUUGGCCGAGCAUCCCGCCGACGGGGAAGGUUCUCUUCGGACUCCUCUCCGGGGUUCCUUAGGUCGCGGAACACUUGGACAGAAAACGGUGAGGGUGCGAGCUGAUCAACUGAAACGUGUACACUACCAGCGGUGUCUUGCUAGCGGCCAGAUUGACAAGGAGGCCAUAGCGAUACCUGAGCCCGGUCCAAGGCAUAUCUUAGGAGUAGAACGGUUUUUGGCCGUCAUAAUGUCCCCUAAUAAUAGGCAGACUGCUCAAAUGCAUGGCUUGGUUGGCAAGCCAUUGCUAUAUUUUACUAGCAUAUUCGUGUCAUUGGGCGUAUUUCUCUUUGGUUAUGAUCAAGGCGUGAUGUCAGGAGUUAUAAUGGGCGAGUAUUUCAAGGAUUACUUUAACCACCCAUCACCGGCAGCAAUUGGCACUGUUGUUGCAAUUCUUGAGAUUGGUGCCCUGGUUUCCUCGUUACUAGUCGGACGCAUUAGCGACUUGAUGGGGCGACGCAAAACCAUCCUCUACGGUUCUAUUAUUUUCUUUGUAGGUGGUGCACUGCAAACCUUCGCUGCUGGAAUGUCGAUGAUGAUGGUCGGCCGUAUCAUUGCGGGUCUUGGGGUUGGGGCACUCUCAACAAUCGUGCCCGUUUACCAGUCUGAAAUAUCGCCUCCGCAUAGUAGAGGGAAAUUGGCAUGUAUUGAGUUCACCGGAAACAUCUCUGGCUAUGCUGCCAGCGUUUGGGUCGACUAUUUCUGUAGUUUUAUCAAGAAUGAUUACUCAUGGCGCCUGCCAUUGCUCUGCCAAUGUGUCAUGGGCGCUCUUCUCGGCUUUGGCAGUCUAGUUAUCUGUGAAUCACCUCGGUGGCUUCUGGAUAAUGACCAUGACGAGGAGGGCAUGGUGGUAAUUGCAAAUCUUUACGGUAAAGGAGAUUUGCACAAUGAUAAAGCCCGGCAGGAGUACAGGGAUAUCAAGAUGAAUGUUCUUCUCCAACGACAGGAGGGCGAGAGAUCUUACGUUGAUAUGUUCAAGCGGUAUAACAAACGUGUCCUUAUUGCAAUGUCCGCACAAGCCUUAGCCCAGCUUAACGGCAUCAACGUUAUAUCAUACUAUGCGCCGAUCGUCUUUGAAUCAGCAGGGUGGGUCGGCCGUGAUGCUCUCUUGAUGACUGGCGUAAACGCGCUUUCGUACCUCGCAUCAACAGUCCCACCAUGGUAUCUCGUGGAUCGUUGGGGGAGACGCCCUAUUUUACUCUCUGGGGCGAUCGCCAUGAUGGUUUCACUCUCAUUGGUGUCAUAUUUUAUGUAUAUCGACAUCGCAGCAACCAGAACACUCACUGUCACCUUCGUCAUGGUUUACAACGCUGCAUUUGGUGCCUCUUGGGGCCCUAUCCCGUGGCUCUAUCCUCCUGAAAUCUUGCCACUAAGUAUUCGGGCCAAGGGUGCGGGUCUUAGCACAGCUGCAAACUGGGCUUUUAAUUGGCUUGUGGGUGAGGUUACACCAGUUCUCGAAACCAUUAUAAAAUGGCGACUCUACCUUGUUCAUGCUUUCUUCUGUGCUUGUAGCUUUGUUCUGGUUUACUUUCUAUAUCCUGAGACAAGCGGCGUUCGCCUGGAAGACAUGGAUGCUCUAUUUGGAGAUGCUACUACGGCCAUACCGACUCCGACUACCCAGGGAGAACACGGUAGCCUAAUGGGCACUGGUUCGCCGAUCCCUUCGCUUGACAUAAGACGGCAGUAUGGUCAGCUUGGAGCGGAAAGCGCUAUUCCUGGCUUAGAUAUUGAUCCUCCAAAUGAUCGUGGUGAUACCAGCGGCAAGUCCGGUCCUCCGUCUGGGGAUGAUAGAGCUAUUAGACGCGAUGGACUUGGCGGUUGGAUAUCAAAUAUGGUUGGCCGUCAUAGGGAGACCUCGAAGAAAACACGCAAUCGAUAUCAACGCCUUGAUCAAGAGGAAGAGGGUGAACAGUAGGAAACACUGGCUAGCGAGUCUAAGUCAACGGGGGUCGCAAAAUAUGGGUUUGGUUUCUUUUCUUCGUUUCUCUUGCUUCCCCCUUUCAUGACUCCAGUUUAGGCAUAUUCACGAUCCAAGGGUUAAUUAGAGAUGUCUUAAGCCAAUAUCUCCGGAUUGGAACUUCUUGUUGUCCCGUAUUCCUGCAUAAAAGAGUUUCUAAAUUAUUUGAGGUAUGCUGACUGUCGUAAUGUGGUGUCAUUUAUACCUAGCGGUGACAAGGUCUACCUCCACCCUAAUGCUAUCCAUCUAUUAUCGCACGAGACUGCUCGCAUGGAGCCAAUUAAUGUUAAU